UAGAAAUGAUUAUUCCAGCUUGGUAGUUUGGGCCAAACAAAAAAGCCCAAUAUCAAUACUGGCCCGAAAUCGCCCAAACCCUAAAUAGAUUUCCCGUGUAGCAGCAGCUUUGAUUUUCAGCAUUUGUCUGUGACUAAGUUUUCAGUCUUGAAUAGCAAUGAAGGUUGUCGCAGCUUACCUGUUGGCCGUCCUCGGUGGCACCGCAUCUCCCUCAGCUGAGGAUGUGAAGGCCAUUUUGAGCUCUGUUGGGGCUGAUUGUGAUGAGGAAAGAAUUGAGCUGUUGUUGUCUCAAGUUGCUGGAAAAGAUAUCACUGAGUUGAUUGCUGCCGGGAGGGAAAAAUUGGCUUCAGUGCCUGCAGGUGGUGGUGGUGGUGUAGCUGUUUCCGCUGCUACUGGUGGUGCAGGCGGUGGUGCUGCACCUGCUGCUGCCGAGGCAAAGAAAGAAGAAAAGGUCGAAGAGAAAGAAGAGUCUGAUGAUGACAUGGGCUUCGGGCUCUUUGACUAGGAUUUGCAAAUGCAGAGAAUUUUUUCUGAUUUGUUUUUGGCACUGGAAUUUUGUAUCCGAAUAGUGUUCUUGGGGGGUUUAAGAUCUAUACUCUUUCAUGGUUUUGUUAUUUAUGUUUCCAUGCUCUUGCCAUUUUGGUGGCUUUUAGGAAGGAAAUUAACUUUAUUUUAAUGUUUUUGGCUUCCCAUUUGUAUCAGAUUUGCAGUGCAAUUGUGGAGUUGGAUAUGUUCUUUGGAAUA